AUGUCACAUUUACAGUUACCAAAAAAUCCUGAAGAAUGGCUGAAGGUUGCAGAAGACUAUGAUGAGAAAUGGAACUUCCCACAUUGCGUAGGAGCAAUCGACGGGAAACAUAUAGUCAUUCAAUGCCCGAUAAAUAGUGGAUCAGAGUUCUUUAAUUAUAAGGAAACUUUUAGCAUUGUGUUAAUGGCGUUAGUUGAUGCCAACUACAUGUUCACCUAUGUAGAUAUCGGUUUUCAGGGUAGGAUAAGUGAUGGUGGUGUAUUUAAAAAUACAUCACUAUGGACCACAUUAGAAAAAAAUCAACUUAAGCUGCCAUUAGAUACACCACUUUCAAACAAAAAUGAGUUAGUAACCUAUGUAUUCGUAGGAGAUAAUGCAUUUACAUUGGGAACUCAUAUGAUGAAGCCAUACUCUGGAGUUUUUGAAAAGGGUAACAAAAAACGUGUAUACAACUAUCGGCUGUCAAGAGCACGUCGUGUAGUAGAGAAUGUAUUUGGCAUUUUAUCCUCAGUGUUUAGAGUAUUCAGAUAA